UCCUCCAAAUCCAAGCCUUGAAUAAUCAUUUCCCUCCCUCUCAAGAAAAUCCGAGUCUCAAAGUUAAGAGCCAGGAGCAGUAUGGCAAUUCGUUUCUUCAAUAUUGUGAAAGCCAAGAAGAUCCUAAGGCGUCGAGUAGUUCUCUCACCGGAGGGUUCAGAUGUUCCGAAAGCCCAUUUUCCAGUAUAUGUCGGUGAGAAUCAGAAGAAGAGAUAUGUUGUUCCACUCUCGUACUUGAAGCAUUCUAUAUUCCAAGAUCUCUUGAGCCAGGCUGAAGAGGAGUUUGGGUUUGAUCAUCCAAUGGGUGGUCUCACAAUCCCUUGUCUGGAAGACAUAUUCAUCAGCCUCACUUCUUAUCUAUAGGCUCGGGGGACAAGAUCUCAAUAGCUAACUUGUUUGACCCUCCUAACAAUUUUUUCUAGGACAUAUGUACAUUGAGCUAUGUACCUGUCAUCAAUGAGAAUGAGAUGGCAAAGUUCUCUGCCCAAAUUUUGAUAAUCGGGCACUUUUUA